GUUUUACUGUAUCGCGGAACAUAGAAAUUCAAGAUUUUCAACUGGACGUGAUCGAACACUUGGAGGAUCCUGCGCGGGCUGGAAUGACUCCGUCUAGCUGGCUGGAGUACGGCAAUCUCAAUGGGAAGCAGUUCAAACUGCUUGAAAACAGUAAGGAAACAAACAGCAACGUAAAGGAGUCUUUUUAGCGGACAAUGGUGGCAAACGAGGGCCGAGAUGGAGACGCGCCUCCCCCUCACCACGCCUUCUUGUGCGAGAAGACAUUUACUACCAUUGUUAAGCACGGCGAAGUCAUACUAAACCAACUCCACGACCGAUCAGAUCACACUUUGCAGAAAGCGUAUAUCCGACGUGUACAGUCUGUAGUCUGGGGUCGCAAGCUGACGAAGACGGCGAGGUUUUUGGCCUUGGUCCCAAAAGACACGAAAGAGAAGGGCAUUAUCGCCAUUGUCUUCGGUGCAAGUGUGCCGGUGGUCCAGCGCAAGCGUGGAGAGCAGUUUGGGUUCAUUGGCGAGUGCUACGCGCUUGGAGCAAUGGCCGGAGAGGCGUUUGACAUCAGGAAUCAAUUGCGGGAACCAGGGAUCAGGGAAAGCUAAUGCCGUCUGGUGGGAUCGUGCGAAUAGGGAUUUCCACCUUCGGUAGUUUCGACGAUGGAUC